CAGCUGUUUCCGGUUAGCUCUGCUAGUCGCUUGUUUAAUUGGCUUAAUUAUUGGAAUUUUUUUAAGCAAAAUUAGUAGGAAAUCAAAAACAAAUAGCAUAAAGCUCUAGUUAUAACCGAAACACAGCCACUGUGGCAAUUGGCAAUUCAAAAAAGCGCUUCAAUCGGCAUACACAGAUCUGGUUGGCGGGGAGAGGCACCCUGUGUGUGACGCAGUUACACAACGCCAAGAGAAAUCAAAAUUCUCAGUCUGGACGAGUAGGCCUCGGGGGAAACGAUAGGGCUACGGACACAUCUACAAACAAGCAUUGCAAAGUGCACACAAUCUUGGAGCUUUGCAACAGUCGUAUCGCAGUUCAGGGACGCAAGCGCAUGCGGUGAUUUUCACUUUCAUUUUGGCAGAGCUCCUAAAAUUUUUUGAGCAAACAGUAUUGUGUCGUCAUGGUAGUCACUGCGUCCACUUGCCGCACGGAGACGGUGUUCGACUACAGCUGGAAGCAUGUCGUUUCUGCUUAUUGGAACCGUUAUCCGAAUCCGUCCAGCACUCAUGUUCUUACCGAAGACACCAUCAAGCGUGAAGUGCGCGAUGGCAAAUUGUAUUCACGCCGUUUGCUAUCCAAAACGAAUCCGGUGCCCAAGUGGGGCGCACGGUUCUACAACAAUUUGCCGGUCAAGAUUGUUGAGGACUCAGUGCUGGAUCCAGUUAAGAAGACUUUUACAACAUUUACCCGCAAUCUAGGUAUGAAGAAGAUAAUGAAAGUGGAUGAAAUUGUUGUCUACAGCGAACAAAAAGACGGACGCACUCUGGCCGUGCGGCGUGCAUACAUCAGCUCUCAAGUAUUUGGCUUUUCGCGCGCCAUACGCGCCUUCGGCAUUGAGCGGUUCAAAGUCAACGGCCACAAAGCGUCGAAUGGCUUUAACUACGUGCUGUGUCGCAUGUUUCCGCAAGAUCAGCUGACGACGGUGACAACAACCUCACAAAGCUCAACAGCUGCCUCUCAAUUCGGCGACGUGGCCGUUGCGACCACAAACCAUAGUAGCGGCAGCACAUCGGAGGCGCUCAAGAGAACAGCAAAAAUAGGCUAUGAAUUCUGCAAGUGUCAUGCGAGCAAAAUUGCGCAACUGUUUUCCGUGAGGAACUGAGUCUGUACUGGAACAUUGUUUGGCGAUAUCUGCAAUGGUUCUGUAUAGACGACACGUGAAACUGGACGCUGUGGCAAGCGGCCAAAUAUAUACCCAUAUAUGUAUAUGUAUAUAUAUAUAUAUAUGUAUUCCAAAAUCACAACAAUUUGCUGCAUUUCAUUCCGUGUGUGUUGAGUAGAACGGAGUAAGAGCAUUAUCAUGCUCAACACAACAAUGCAUCAUAUAUUCAUGUCAUUGAUCUUUAAAAGAGCGUUAGGGGUUUGCAUUAAUACUGUAACUUUCGCUAGGUACAUUCUCGUGAAAAAUUUGGUUUUUUAUUAUGUCAACUAUUGUAAAUAUAUUUUGUAGAAAAUACAUGCUUAGCAUUAAUCAUAAACAUACUCGAAACCAUUAAUUUGUAUAAAUUAUAUUACCCAUUUAUGUAAAAAAAACACAGAUUAGUUUUAAAAUUCGUUACCAAAAAAUAUUAAAGAAUUGGCGCAAAGUAUGUUGUUUACAUCACAGCUAGUGUUGUUCAAUGCGUGGUUAAUCGAUGUACCUCAUUAUAAAAAUUCUUCUGGUGUUGUAAAUUUCACAUAAUUUUUUUUUGCUGUAAAAUCCGGCUUUAUAAAGUUUAAAGAAAACGGCAGUGGUUAUCGAACAUUCUUAAAAAUGAUUUUGUCUUUUA